CUCCCAUGCAUCGAAAUUUCUCUCCCAUUCAUCUCUCAUUUUCUCUCUCUCUAUCGUCAACUUUUAACCAUUUACACUCCCAGCCCCUGCAAAACCCUCCAAUUAUACAAAACCCCCAAAUUUUCACCUACGAUACUGGAGGAGAAUUGGAGCAUUAUCGUAGACUUCUGUCGAUUUAAUGGAGGCUGCGACCGGUGUCGUCGCCCCACGCGGUGCUUCUCUGUCGAUGCCAUCGUCUAGGAAGGAGUGGCGUGUCGUUUCCGACCACCAUUCCGUUCGGAACGCCGGUGAUGAGGUGGAAUUGGAACGGCCAAAUUUGGGGCAAUCGGAUGAGAGAACAAUAUAUGAGGUGCAGCAUGGAAGAGCCCCUGCUGAUGUUGACUUCUGUUCGAUCAAUGUGGAUGGUAGUUUGGACAAUGACAUUAUGCAGCAGCGAAUUCAUAGUAUUACCAGGCAAAGAGAAGAGUUACAACAUAUGGAGAUUGAACUUAAAGCUCAGCUGAUCUCAAGAUCUGAGAUCAUGGAAAUGCGGAACAGAUUUGAUGCUCAAAUCAAAGAGUAUGAAGAUGCUGCUGCAAAACAUAAGGAACAACUUCUUGAAAGGGAACAAGCCAUACAUGAAUUAGAAAGCAGAAUGGAAGAGAAAGAUAGAGAAUUGCAUGCCAUUAAAUUGGAUAAUGAAGCGGCCUGGGCCAAGGAAGAUCUUCUCAGAGAGCAAAAUAAAGAAUUGGCAACAUUUAGAAGAGAGCGGGAUCAUUCUGAAGCUGAAAGGGCACAGCAUAUACAGCAAAUACGUGACCUUCAAGAACUUGUUCAAGAUAAAGAGAGGCAGAUUCUUGAAUUGCAGGAACAGCAUAGAGCUAAUCAGGAGGCCAUAUUUUUGAAGGAUGAACAAUUGAAAGUAUGGAUUGCACGCGUUCAGGAGAUGGAUGCCUUGCAAUCUACUACAAACCACUCAUUACAAGUUGAAUUACGAGAACGCACAGAGCAAUAUAAUCAACUAUGGCUCGGUUGUCAAAGACAGUUAGCAGAAAUGGAGAGACUUCAUUUGCAUACUGUACAACAGCUUCAUCUUGAGCUAGCUGAUGCAAAAGAAAGGAGUGGAACCUACCCUGAAGAGUCGCGCAUAUCCCAGACAAGCUCAAAGGAUAUAUCAAAGUUUGGUCAAAGCAAUGUAAACCAAUUAGAUGUUAAUGCAAAUGGUGCAACAAGUGCUGACAAUGGACCACUUCCAAAUGGGAAUGCAGAUAAUGCUUCAAACCAGACCAACCAUGUUGCCGGAGUCCCCAUUGCACCGUCGUCUUUACUUGGGAUGCCUACCUACCUUCCGCCUGGACAGGUGACUGCACUGCAUCCAUUCAUUCUGCAUCAACAGGGGAUUCCUCAUUCUAUGCCAUCACAUGUUCCUCAAUCUCAUGUUGGGCAUUUUAACUCGAUACCAGCAAUGUCAUCCCUUCCACAGUGGCAGAACCAGCAGGCUGCAUCAGAGGGUGCUCAAUUAUCUACACCGAAUCAACUGACUUCAUCCCAAACUGAUCACAACCUUAUGAGAUCAGAUGCAAAGUAUGAGUAUGAAGUGUCUGUUAAUGGACAAGGAUUUCAUCCUGGUUAUCUGGACAUUCACAACAGUCAAGGGACGGAGCCUGAUCCUGUAAUUUCAUCGUCUACUGGGGAAGCACAGGUCCUUGAGUCGAUGGAUAGAAGUUACGUGGUUUCCUCCCAACCUGAGCAGAGCUUGCAACAGAUUUCUUCCCAAUUUAGUGAUUCCUUAAGACUGAAUUCUCUUGAUCAAAACAGUGAAGCAAAGGAGCAAAAUGUUUUGAGCUUUAGUGAUCAGGGAUUAGAUGGCCAAGUUUUGACAGACGAACAACAAAGUUCUGUCAGUGCAUCAUUGUCCGAAACAUCAAUGCAUUCAGUUAAUGCCAGUGAAGGCACUAUCAAUAAUGGUACUGUAGUAUUAUCUGAAUCAUUGAUCUCAACUGGGCAGACAAAUAUGGUGACCGUAGGGAAAACUUCAGAGACUGCCCUUCUUGAUGAAAGAUCUCUGUUGGCUUGCAUGGUUCGCACAAUUCCAGCUGGCGGUAGAAUUCGGAUCAAUUCAACGCUACCUAAUAGGCUGGGCAAGAUGCUUGCACCUUUACACUGGCAUGAUUACAAGAAAAAGUAUGGAAAGCUUGAUGAGUUUGUGGCUGGUCACCCAGAAUUAUUUUUUAUUGAGGGCGACUACAUUCAACUUCGAGAAGGAGCUCAAGAAAUGAUAGCUGCUACAGCAGCGGUUGCUAAAGUUGCAGCAGCAGCAGCAGCAUCUCCUCCAUACUCAUCAUUUUUUCCUUCUGUGGCUGUUACUCCAAUGGCACAGUCUCACCGACUCAAGAAAGUUCCAUCAAUUGAUUCAAAACAGCCUAAUGGUGUUAGUUUUGAUACUGCUGGGGGUAUCUCAAAUGUAAAAAUUUUGAGUAAAUUGAAAGAUUCUCAGGAAAUGAAUGGAGCAGAUUUUGAUAGAUCAAGCAUAUCUAGCAACCAGAGCAAGGGGUCAAUGCAUGGGAGGUCUAACUUGAAUUUUGCUGGAAAGCAGCAGGGCAGGACAACUGGAGCUGCAUUAACAUCUGGAAGAUAGAGGAAAUGUGGAAUCAUAUAGAUAAAUAUAAAAUGGAUGUUAACAGGGGUUGUGAUGGAGCAUAUAUAGGGAUAAUCCGCGAUGGAAUGUGUUUAUUGCUGAUCGAAAUCGCCAGUCAGCUUUUGCUUAUAGAAAUUAUCUAUUGGACUGCUCAGUUGAUUCUCUUUUAAUUUUAUGUUUUUUUGGGAAAAAGAAAACAUUUGUUUAGUGUGUUUUGUGAUCCAAAAUGGAACAUUGGACUCUCUGCAGUGAUAUUCAUGCACAAAAUUGCAUCUGUGCAUCUGAUA